GUUAUUGCCAACUUGGUAAAGACUUGCAUUGGUACGGGUAUGUUAGCCCUCCCUAACACUGUUUUCCUUGGGGGCUAUAUUCCUGCUCUUCUCAUUUUCAUUAUCGUUCCCUCGUGGAUUGUUUACUGCACGAAGCUCGUUACGGACUGCUUCUGUGCUUUUGACACAAAGCCUAAGGACGAUGAGGAUCCUUAUGUUCUUCUUGCUGAUAAGGCUUUUGGAAAAGUUGGUGUGUGGAUUCUUCAGAUUUGUUUUGUUAUUACGGUUUACGGAAUCGCGGUAGCUUAUGAAAUCACUUGGAACAACUUGCUCUCGGGUCUUGUGAGCAAGGAUUCCAUCUUCGGCAAGAUGUGGUUCUGGGGAAUCGUCUACUGUGUGUUGGCCAUUCCUCUCGCCCUUCUCAAGAACUUGAAGGCACUCGCGGUUCCUUCCAUGAUGGGAAACAUCUUCAUCGUUACCGUCUCCCUGAUUGUGAUCAUCUUCGGUAUCUGGAAGUACGGACUCCAGAUUGACAAGGAGCACCUUCUCUGGAACACGCCCCUCGACCUGGCGAAGCUGUUUGGUGUGAUUUGCUAUUCUCUCGGCGUGGCUGUGAUCGGUCCCACUUCCUACAACACCAUGAAGAAGCCGCAGCAGUACACGAUGGCUCUGAUCGUGUCCGUUGUGAUCGCUGUGCUCGUCUACAUGUCGCUCGGCGUGCUGGGCGCGAUGUCCUACUCGAUGGAUCCCAAUGGAAUCGAUCCGCUGGUCAUUCUGAACAUCGGAGCGCAGAACCCCACCUACGUCGUGUGCUGCAUCUGCGUCUGCUUCGUCGCUUACUUCUCCUAUCCUGUGGCCGUGUUCCCUGGUAUUCUGGCUCUGGAGAGCGGAAUGAAGACCUCGGAAUCGGAGGAAGGAUGGUUCGUGAAGUACCCGCCUCGUGUGAUUCUUCGUAUUGUGAUGACGAUCCUUGUGACUGUGAUCUCGAUCAUCUGCCCGUUCUUCAAGAAGGUCGUUUCUCUUAUUGGAUGUCUGACCAUCUCCUUUGUGACCUUCAUCUUCCCUCCUCUGAUUCAUUACGUGCUGGUUCCUCAGAGCAAGGCGAGACAGACGGUCGAUAUCAUUCUUGCGAUGCUUGGAGUCUGCACGAUGGUUAUCGCUACGGAGGCUUCUCUUCUGGAAUAAAACAUUCAUUUACUACUACUUACUCAUAACCUCCCUCCCUCUUGUUUUAUUCUCUCUUUU